CUCAGCCGGAUACCUUUGGUCGUCGAUGGGAGUGACUUGAACCAGCCACACAGCGAAAGGGGGCAAAAGAAAUUGCACGUGGUGUGAGAAAGGUGGCCCAUAAAAACAACGCCUUUUAAGCCGCAGAAAGCCGUGACGUCAUAAUGAAAGGCGAGAGAGAGAGAGAGAGCGUUUAUGUUUGAAUUGAGGAUGCGGGCAGCGCUUACUUUACGAUCGGCAUUUUCUUUCUUUCGUUUUUAUUUUUGUGGCAGGUUUUUUUUUUUUUAUUUCGGCAUGACGUCCAGGCUCGGAAGUAAACAGGUUUUGUAUUGUUUAAGAGUUGUUGGUCCAAACCCUGCGAGUGCUUACAGUGGUUUAACCAGCGCGACAGCUGCUAUAUGUCGGGCUCGACGCGAUCGUCAUCCUGGCGCGCACAUACGUCAUUCAAAGCUCGGCAGCUGCCCGCUGAUCCGUGGCUACGACCCGCACCGCCGAGUUCAUCUCGACCCUCCGCCCCGGCCGGACGCAACCUUUUCCGAGCUACUCACUGCCGCUAUGAUGUCCGUAACGGCGGCGUUGCUUCUGCUGAUAUCGGUCCUGCUGGCGGCUCUCUUCACAUGGCGGUGGUGGCACUUCGCGUAUUUCAAAAGGAUCGGUAUUCCCGGACCGAAGCCGAACCUAAUAUGGGGCAACCUCGUAGAAUACCACUCAACGGACAUAUAUAAGGUUAUUGGCAGAUGGAUUGAAGAAUACGGCGACAUGUUUGGUUUCUACAACGGCGACGUGCCCUUCGUCGUGACCCAGGACCUGGAGUUGAUCGAGGAGGUGUGCGUGCGCAGCUUCUCGAAUUUCACUGGCCGAGGGGUGACAAUGAUGAUUGAAAAACUGCAUCCGGUUAUGGGUGAGUCCACUAUAAGCAUCGAAGGCUCAAAGUGGAGGAGCAUCCGAAACGCCAUGGCCUGCAGUCUCAGCGCAGCAAAGUUAAAGAUGAUAAUGCCGCUAAUGGAAGAAUACAUCGCCGGCCUGCUAAAGUCUCUGGAGGAACCGGCCAGAUUGGGCAACGAGGUGAACAUGCGGCAGACAUACGAGCAGCUGUCCGCGGACUUCGUGGCGCGGGUCUCGUUUGGCGUUGACGAGCGAUUCGAGAGAAGGCCCGACCACUCGAUCGCCAUCUUUGCCAGUGAAUCCUGCAGCAGGAUAAUGACCGGUCCGCUGCACAUGAUUGCGCAGAGCACCACGAGCUUCGGACGCUUGAUGAAGCCGCUGUGCUUGAUUUCUCUUGCAACUGAGGGCUUCGGCAAUGUGUCUAGGAAGAUGGCUAAGAUAAUUGAGGGUAGGAAAAAUGACCCUUCGUGUCGAAGACCUGACAUUCUGCAAAAUCUGCUCGAUGCGGAGUACGUUGAGAGCAAAGCGCCUACGAAUGGUGCCAAGGUGAAAAACGGACGACUGAGAAGCAGGCCACUUACCAACGUAGAAGUAGUUAGCUGCGCGGCCACACUAUUCGUCGCAGGGUACGAAACGAUAGCGUCGUCGCUCAGUUACCUGACCUUUGUCUUUGCCAAAUACCCGGACGUCCAAGAGAAGGUGCGCCAAGAAGUUACCGAUGCCAUCUCUGAGCAGGGCAAACUCGACUUCGAGAUGGUGAUGAAAAGGCUGAAUUACCUGGAACGAGUAAUCAAGGAGACAAUGCGGCUUUAUCCACCCGGCCUCACGUUCGUGACGAGGCAAGCCAAGCAGGACUUCGCAUACAAGGGCACACAGUUCAAGGCCGGAACGUGCUUCAUGGCGCCGCUAUAUCAGAUCCAGAGGGACCCACGCUUCUGGCCUGACCCCUUGGAGUUCAACCCUGACAGGUUCGCCCCCGAAAACGACGCUCAGCUGGUCAAGAUGGCGUACAUGCCUUUCGGCGUGGGGCCGCGAAACUGUGUCGGCACUAGCAUGGGCAUGCUAAAUCUCAAGCUGACGAUGGCAAAGCUGCUGCUCAAGUACCGCCUGGAGCUCGGCUCCUCCCAAAUGGGUGAAAUGACGAUAAAGUCACGGGCGAUGGUGUCAGCUCCUGCGAAAGGCCCGUGGAUCAUUAUUCGUCACCUUAAUAAGCACCUAUAGCAACAUUUGUGCUCCCAGUUUCUGCAACGAAUAUGUCAGCUACACUUCGUGCACAGACACGCCAAGACCCGCACGCAGUGGUGCACUCUGACCGCUUUAGUACUGCAUUGCAGAGCAAGCUUCCUUAUCGCUCAUGGUGGUGGUAUGGCGCAUCUUCAUCAAUCAACAGCUGUUCAAGAUAGCGCUGUGUGCUGUUUCAUGUGCCUUCUAUGUCGGCGUCCUUCUCUCUGUGUUACAGCAAAUUGGAUGAUUCAUUAUCGCGGUACUGAAUACGCCCACCUGUGGUCGAAACAUAUAACCAGCAACGACAAAGCGUUCGCGUCCUGUGUGAGAACCAUGCUUAUGUGCUGUAGUGAGCGAACCUUCGCGUUCAUAUUACGUGGAAAGGAGGUCGUAUUUGAACUGACGCCUCUCUCUCUCUCUCGCUCUCUCUCUCUCUCUCUCUCUCUCUAUCUAUCUAUCUAUCUAUCUAUCUAUCUAUCUAUCUAUCUAUCUAUCUAUCUAUCUAUCUAUCUAUCUAUCUAUCUAUCUAUCUAUCUAUCUAUCUCGCUCUCUACUGAAGCGCUGUUUGAAAAUUUGACGAGUAUCAUGCGCCGGACAUUGGUAACGUUACAUAAUGCAUAAUAACAUAUACCCUAGUAACUUGUCACUCGUAAACAGCGUUUCAGGCAGGGGCGCACGUCAUUUCGCCAACGGAGAGCUAUUUGAGAGAAACAGCGGCAAACGCACACUGGAAAGUGCGAGGGUCGAUGACUUGGAUCACUUUUCGCGCUGUAACAACUUUUCUUGACCUGCCGCGGUAGCUCAGUGGCUGUAACAUUGCGCUGCUGAGCUUGAGGUUGCGGGUUCGACCCCGGCCGCGGCAUCCGCGUCUCGAUGGACACGAAGAGGCUCGUGUACUUAGAUUUAGGUGCUCGUUAAAGAACGCCAGGUGGUCAAAAUUAAUUUGGAGUCCAGCAGAAGGGCGUGUCUCACAAUUAAUUAGAUCGUGGCCUUGGCACGUAAGAGCAGAUAACUUCCUUGAAUAAUUAAAAAAAAAUUUUUCACAUCUUCUCAACUUCUUUCUCCUUUUCAAGUUGCCUUAUCCUUGAAGGUGGGUAUUAGCAAAGAUAUAUAUAUAUAUAU